AUGGGAGGUAAAUCCAGCAAAUCCAGAGGAUCCAAGCGAUUUGAUUUCACUGUAGAGGACUACAUAGAAGGAAAUGAUAAUAUCAUCAUUGAUCAUACAGUUCGACGGGAUCCAACUCCACAACAAUCUUGUUCUUCAGAAACGAAAGGAAGUGCAAUAUCUAUUUCUGCCCGAAGCGUGAUCAAAGGGAAAGGAAACCGAAUUGAAAAAGGAUCAUCUUUUAGCACUCAAAACAAUUCAUCAGUCAAUUCAAAACCAAGAUGCAAUCCCACUUCUAAAGCAACGGCAGAAUUUACAAAAAUUAAUGACGAAAAAGAUUUAAUCAGGAACAGAAGAAUAAUAGUAGAAGCUUCAUUUUCUGUCGGUAUAAUAAGGGGGCCAGGUGGAGGUGGAACCGGAUUUAGAGUUGGAGAUAAUUAUGUCAUGACCGCUCGACACGUUGUUAUUGAUAACAUCAAAGUGGGUAAUGAAAUCAAAUACUUGCGGUUAAAGAACAAAGAUUUCUUCAUUGAAUUUGAGUACUUAAAGCACCGUCAAAAACAGAACGAUGACUACAUAUUCUACUUCAAAGAUAUGGUGUAUCAAAAUGAAGAACAAGAUACAGCAAUACUAGAACUUGAAUCUGACAGUAAUAGACCUUUUCCACCAUCCAUUAACAUUUUCGAAACUAUUGAUGUUGAUAGGCCAAUAUAUUUGAUAGGACACCCGAAUGGAGAUCCCCUUACGGACGAUCCAAAGAUAGAAUUAUAUGAGUACUGUAAAGAAACGGUUGAUAAAUCCAUUCAAUGGGCGUGUAGAAUUUCCCAAGACUAUGAAAGUCAUUAUGAUGGUAUCGAUGAUAAAAGAAAAUGUCUGUUUCACUGUUCAUCACAACACGGAGCAUCAGGGGCAUUAGGGGUCAUGGUUACUCCCCAUUUUGAUGAACCAGUUGGGGUUUUAAUGUUAUCACGCGGAUUUCCGGGUUUUUAUUAUUCAAAAAAACUAUCAUUUACAGACGAAGAGAAAAAGAUUUUUUUAGUUGUGGAGCAAGGGAUACUUUUAAAGUCCAUUGAAAACGACAUGAUAUUGAAUGGAAGGCCUAAUUUAAAAAAGAAAAUAUUUAGUAAUGUAAUAUGACUUCGUAUGUACUAAGUAUAUAGUAAAAUUUUAU